AUGACUACACAUCAUAGAGUUAGAAGUAGUAGUAAUAGUAGUAGUAAUAAUAUUAAUAAUAAUAAUAAUAAUAACAAUAAUAAUAAUAUACAUCAGUUAUCAUCAUCUAGGACAAUGAUAGAUCAUCAUAAUAGUGAUCCUACUUCAUCUUCAUCACCAACCAAUGAAAGUCAAAUUCAUCAUUUUUCAAAUUCAAAUUAUAAUUAUAAUUAUGAUGAUGUUGAUGACUCGACAAUAAAUUCAAAUAGUACAAAUAAUAAUAAUAAAAAUCGCAAUAUACAAAAUAAUAAUAACCAAAAUAUUUCAAAUAAUCGUGAUAAUAAUAAUAAUAAUAUAAAUUCAAAUUUAAAUAAUCAAACAAAUUUAAUAAAUUAUAAUGAUGAUGAAGAUUAUGAUGAAGAUUAUGAAAGAGAAAUUGAAGAUGAUGAAGAAUAUGAAGAGAUCGGAGAUGAAGAGAGUAGUAGUGGAAUUGGUGGUGAUUCAGAAUUUAAUGAUUCUUUGAAUGGAUCAAAGGCUGGUAGUAGAAAUAGAGAGAUUUGGAUCAAUCCAAAUAUUGAAUUAAUGUUAAAGAUUGCACUAUCCACUACAAAGAACCCCUAUUAUUAUCAUAAUAUCGCCAAGAAGCUUGAAGAAAUGGUCGGCCGUCCAAUCUCUGAAAAAUUGGUUCGUUCUCAAAUGACAAAUCUCUUGGGUAAAAAUUCAAAGUUUUUUAAACAUCCCUAUAGAGAAAUUAAAUCAAAACCUGGUAUCCCAAAAUCUUUAAUAAAUUCUCAUAAUCUUAGAGAGAAGCAAAUCUGGGAAAGUUGUAAAAAUUUAAUUACCGAAAUUAAAUCAAGUCCAAAUUAUUAUUCAAUUGGUGGUGGUUCAUUUCCAACAAAUAAUAAUAAUCAUAAUAAUGCUUCUGGUGCAUCAUCUUCAACUUCAACUCCUUCAACUUCAUCUGCUUCUUCACCUGCUUCAUCAUCUUCAUCAUUGUCUUCAUUAAGUAAUAAUAAUAAUAAUAAUAACAAUAAUAAUAAUAAUAAUAACAAUAGUAAUAGUAUUAAUAAUUCCAAUAAUGCCCAUAGUAUAUAUCCAAAUGGUAGUAAUAGUGGAAAUUCAAAAAAUUCAUCAUCAUCAUCAUCAUCAUCAUCAUCAAACAAUGGAAAUUGUUCAUCAAAUUAUCCAUCACCACCAUUAUCUGAAAAUCAUUUAUCAUUAUCAUUGCCAUCAAUUUCAAAAUCUCAUAGUAAUAAUACUGGUAGUUUUGGAUUUAGUUUAUCAAGUCCUACUACCUCUAGUAGUAACAAUAGCAGCAAUAACAACAACAACAACAACAAUAGUAAUCAAUUCUUUUCAUCAAUUUCUGAUCAACAACCUUCUAAAAAAUUACAUGUUGUAUCACCACCAUUACAAUCAUUACAAUCAAUUCAACCACCAAUUUCACAACUUAAUAAUAAUAAUAAUAAUCACCACAAUAAUCACCACCAAAAUCAUCACCAUCAAAAUCACAAUCAUCAACAUCAUUCAAAAAAAAGAAAAAUUAGAUCCUAUGAUUCAAAACACUUGGAAAAAUUCCAGGUAAUUAGAGAGAAAGUUAUUGAAACACUUUCUGAAAUUGAUGAUAUAAUCAAUUCAAUGAAAAAUGAUUCCGAUAAUGAUAAUAGUGAAUUCGAGGAUUGUUAA